AUGACAAUGCAGGAGUAUGUCAACAAGUUCGAGCAUCUGGCGAGGUACUACUCGCAGGACAUUACUAAGGAGUGGAGGUCUUUGAAGUUUGAGCGAGGACUCAAACAUGAGCUGAAGAAGGUGGUAACACCUCUGAGGGAGAGAAGAUUUCCCGUCUUGGUGGAACAGGCCAAGAGUGUUAAGCAUUUGGAGAAGGGCCCUGGGCCAGUUAUUAGACAGCAGAAGAGCGUCGUAGAGGUCGGGCAUUUUGCUAACCAGUGCCUAGAUAAGAAGACAAGUACGACGAAGAAACCACAGGCUACGAUAUUAGAGAGACCUAGAGCUGCUGGUAGAGUUUUUGCCCUGACCACCACAGAGGCUACACAGUCGGGUAAUCUUAUUCUUGAGCCUUGUUUAUUGUUGGGUAAAUCAGUGUUGGUUUUGUUCGACUCUGGAGCAAUACAUUCUUUUAUUUCUGAUGCAUGUGUGUCAAAACUGAGCUUGGAGAAACAUGACUUGGAUUGUGAGUUGCUGGUUUCAACCCCAUCUUUGGGUCAGGUGACUACCAGUUCGAUCUGUGUAGGGUGUUUAAUGGAAGUGGCGGGCCGUAGGUUCAAAGUGAAUCUCAUCUGCUUGCCAAUGGAGGGCUUGGUCGUAAUUCUGGAAAUGGAUUGGCUGUUAGGCAAUCAUAUUGUUAUAGAUUACAGACGGCGCAACGUGAUUUUUCCAGAGACAUUGGGGCUGGAGUUGAUAUCAGCUCAAAAGGCGAUUAAAGAAGUAGAAGUUGGAGCUACUUGCUUCAUGAUAGUGGCUCAAGGAGAGAAGAAGAGCACAACUGAGCAGAUCAGAAACAUCCCUGUGGUGGAUGAGUAUGCUGAUGUCUUCCCAGACGAGAUUCUAGAAUUGCCACUAAGUAGGGAUGUGGAUUUCACUAUUGAUCUCAUCCUUGAAGCUGAACCAGUUUCUAUGGCACCAUACAGGAUGGCGCCAGCCAAGUUAGCUGAACUAAAGAAGCAGAUUGAAGACCUGCUUUAA